UCAUGCUGCUGCCAAGUCCAGAGUCUGUCAUGGGUCCCUGUACGGCCUCCCAUUGCUGCUGUCUCCAUCGCCACACUCUCUGCCAAGUGCCACUUUCAGGUCUCCUCACACUGCUGGUGUGUUGAAUUUUUUGACAUAGGGUGCUGGCAGAUUACGGGCCUCCCAUAGCUGCUGCCAGGCCCCUAAUCUGCCAUGGGCCCCUAUACCGCCUCCUCAUGCUGCUGCCAGUCCCAGAGUCUGUCAUGGGUCCCUGUACGGCCUCCCAUUGCUGCUGUCUCCAUCGCCACACUCUGCCCAUGUGCCACUUUCAGGUCUCCUCUCACACUGCUGGUGUGUUCCAUUUUUUGAC